AUGUACGCCGUCGAGGACAGACAUCAUCCCGUCCCACCUCCUCUCUCAAUGGAUCGCAUUUCUGCUCCGUCCGCCCACUACCCGACUGGUCCCAACCCAUUACACCCAGCCGACCAUCUGGCGCCCGUUCAAAACUAUGGAGAUGGUCGCCGCUGGUCAUUACAAGUGGUACAGCAGCCGAUUCGGGCUCGCAUGUGUGGGUUUGGUGAUAAGGAUCGGAGACCGAUCACUCCUCCGCCAUGCAUUCGUCUCAUCGUGCGUGAUGAGCAUACCGAUAAAGAGAUAGAUAUCAAUGAAAUCGAUACCUCAUUCUACGUACUCACCGUCGAUCUAUGGAAUGCCGAUGGAACCAACGAAGUCAACCUCGUGAAGCAUAGUGCCACCUCUCCCUCUAUCUCCACCGCCAUGUCCUCCUCAUAUCCUCCCCCGCCUCAGAGCAUGUCUCCCACCUAUCCCGGCUACGGUCAGAACCAAUACCCUGUGGGUUACCCGCAAAUGAACAACAGCUACUAUGGUGGACAACAGGUGGCGUACCAAAACCAAUACGGCCAGCCAAUGGCCUACCCACAAUAUUAUCCUGGUAGCCAAAUGCCACCAGCCAUGUCCCCCGCUGCCCAACCGGUCUCUGGUGGACCCGGUGGCAUGUUCACUCGCAACUUGAUCGGUAGCCUCAGCGCCAGUGCCUUCCGGCUGACCGACCCAGACAACAAAAUUGGCGUGUGGUUCAUCCUACAAGAUCUCAGUGUACGGACAGAAGGCACUUUCCGCCUGAAAAUGAGCUUCGUCGAUGUGGGCACACAUUCCACCGAAUCCAGCAACGGCGCUCCGGUUAUCAACCACGGCACUGCACCCGUUUUGGCUUCGGUCUUCUCCGAGCCUUUCCAGGUCUUCUCUGCUAAGAAGUUCCCGGGUGUUAUUGAAAGUACUCAGCUCAGCAAGUGCUUUGCGCUCCAGGGUAUCAAGAUCCCCAUUCGCAAGGACGGUGUGAAGGGACCCCGUCGAGGUGGAGACGUGGACGACGACGAUGAAGGUGACUAUUAA